AGGGAGAGAGAGAACUGAGAAGGGAGAAAAUGGUGUCGCUGAAGCUGCAGAAGCGAUUGGCGGCGAGCGUUCUCAAGUGUGGAAGAGGAAAAGUGUGGCUUGAUCCCAAUGAAGUCAACGAAAUCUCCAUGGCCAAUUCUCGCCAAAACAUUCGAAAGUUGGUUAAGGAUGGAUUUAUCAUCAGGAAGCCAACCAAGAUUCACUCACGCUCCCGGGCUCGCAGGAUGAAGGAAGCCAAGCGGAAGGGUCGCCACUCCGGAUACGGUAAGCGUAAGGGUACAAGGGAGGCAAGGCUCCCCACCAAAGUACUUUGGAUGAGGAGGAUGCGUGUUCUAAGGCGAUUGCUUCGUAAGUACAGGGAAUCAAAGAAGAUCGACAAGCACAUGUACCAUGAUAUGUACAUGAAGGUGAAGGGUAAUGUUUUCAAGAACAAGAGAGUUUUGAUGGAGAGCAUCCACAAAUCCAAGGCUGAGAAGGCUAGAGAAAAGACUUUGUCUGAUCAGUUCGAGGCCAAGCGCGCAAAGAACAAGGCUAGCAGGGAAAGGAAAUCUGCUCGAAGGGAGGAACGUCUGGCCCAAGGUCCUAGAGAGAAGGUGACAGCAGCACCUAGUGCUCCACCUGCUACAGCACCCCAGCCUGCCCAAGCACCAAAGAAAUCCAAGAAGUAACAAUCAUCGUUUCCAGUAAACUAGAAGGAGGAUGGUGAAUCUGUAAUGGUUCUAAACAUAAUCAUUCAGUCUACUAUACUAGUUUUGAUGUGAGUUCAUUUUUGGCAGUUUUGGUUUUGUAAGUUCUAUAACAUUUGUUUCGUAUUUUGAAUUAUUAGUUUGUUUUUUAUUA